AUGUUCAACUUCUCCAAUUCCAGUUUCCGAGAAUUGAAUCGCACAGAACUGCUUCCAAUUGUUUUUAAUUGGGGGAUUGGGAAUGAUAGCUGUGAUGAAGCAAAGAAGAGAGCCAACUACGCAUGCAAAGGGAACAAUGUCAAGUGUGUGAACGCUAGCAAUGCAGCUGAUAUCGAUGAGUGCAAAGAUCCAAACAGCUGUGCAGAAAAUAGUCACUGCCAGAAUUUAGCUGGGAAUUGGACUUGCAUUUGUCCAGAAGGAUAUCACUAUGGAAAAGAAACGGGUUGCAGCAAUAGUAAUCAUUCUCUUUUUCUGCUGAAUAGCAAUAGUAAUCAUUCUCGGAGAUUAGUUCUGUUGCUCUGUAUUGCAAUGGGUGUAAGCACAGCACUGACUGUUAUUUCCCUAACAUGUUGGGGAAUGACCAAAAAAAAGAUUAUCAAACUGAAAAAGCAGUUCUUCGAACAAAAUGGUGGAUUAAUGUUGCAGCAACAUUUGUCAAGUCGUGGACAAUCUCUUGAGACCACAAAAAUUUUCAGUGCUGAAGAAUUAAAAAGAGCCACAGACAAUUUCCAUGAAAGCAGAGUUCUUGGUCAAGGAGGCUAUGGAAUAGUUUAUAAAGGAGUACUACCAUCUAAUAACAUCGUGGUUGCCAUUAAGAAGUCCAAAUUUGGUGCUGAAACAUGUAAUGAACAAUUCAUCAAUGAGGUGAUUGUGCUGAUGCAAAUAAACCAAAGAAAUGUGGUGAAGCUCUUCGGUUGCUGUUUAGAGACAGAAGUUCCUCUGCUGGUUUAUGAGUACAUUGAAAAUGGGACUCUUCUCGAACAUAUUCACAGCAAAGGGCAAGGAAGAUCAUCACUUUCCUGGGAAGUCAGAUUGAGGAUAGCAACCGAAACUGCAAGCGCAUUAGCCUAUCUCCAUUCUGCAACUUCUACGCCUAUUAUACACAGAGAUGUCAAAACUGGAAAUAUACUCCUUGACCAAAAGUACACAGCAAAAGUUUCAGACUUUGGAGCUUCACGGUUGAUUCCUCUGGACCAAAAUCAACUUAAAACUGUUGUACAAGGGACAUUUGGGUACUUGGGUCCAGAAUACAUUCAUACAAGCCAGCUAACAGAAAAGAGUGACGUCUAUAGUUUUGGAGUUGUUCUGGAGGAGCUACUAACGGGCAGGAGGGUUAUGUCAUUCGAUAGACCUGAGAAUGAAAGAAACCUGACGCCGUUCUUUGUUUCAUCAAUGAAAGAGGAUAAAUUAUUCCAUAUUCUUGACGAUGACAUAAUCAUUGAUGGAAAUACAGAGGCAUUGAAGAACGUUGCCAACCUUGCCAAAAGAUGUUUAAGGAUAAAAAGUGAGGAAAGACCUAGUAUGAAAGAAAUAGCAAUGGAGCUAGAAGGGCAGAGAGCUAUGGAUAUGCAUCAAUGGGGGACAGGUGAUGUGGGUUCACAAGAAACAGAAUACUUGCUUACCGAGGAUCCUCCUUCUGACCUCUAUUCUAUUUAUAUUAGUGAACCAAUGUGUUCCCAGGAGAUGAGUAGCUGA